AUGAAAUUUUUUCCGGAGGCAGAUAGCUCUCAUGUCAAAGUCUAUCAAUCUCUAAUUUUGAGCGAUAAUCCUACCGCACGCAACAUCAACGAGAACAAUUCGUUAUCGUCUUCCUCAUUAUUAUCACCUACAAGCACUGACAGUUCAUGUGAAAGCAGUGUUGGACAUCCAGUUGGCGAUUAUUAUAAAAUCAAAGCUAAAUUUCAUUUAAAACCACAUAUUACUGACGAAUCAACAAAUUUACAAUUACAAAAGUUUAAACGGUUAUUAAAACGUUUAGAACUUGUAUAUUCAAACACAAACGACGAUAAACCUGUGAUCGCAGCAAACACACUACCAAAAAUGUCCGCUGUGACUAUUUUACCACCGCCAACAAUGCUUUCUGAUACAACAAAACAACCAGUAUCAGAUCGCUAUCUAUUUCGUUCAUCGAAUAGAAAGAAAAAAGGUUAUUCAUACUCAUCGACGCCACCCACAUUAAGAAAACGUUAUAAAUUCUCAAAAACUACUAAUAACGAACAGCACGAUACAGACAGUCAAAGUGAUCAUGAACAUACAAAUGUCUAUCGUUUUCGAAAAAAUGGUAAAACAACGGGUUCGUCAGCAAAUUCGCUUGAUCAGCGUUCAGUAUCAUCCGACAGAUACGAUUUUAGCCUUGAUAAAGAGAAUAUAGCUGCUGCUAAAACACUUACAUUUGUUCGAUCGGGUAGGGAUUUAGAAACUCGUUCAAUAACCUAUAUUCAUGGUAAACAGCAACAAAGUGAUAAUGAAGUAAAAAAGUCAACAAUGACAACACCUUAUCUAUUUCCACCUACAAUAGAACAGAAAAAUAUGCGACAUCCAAGUCAUACAUCAUCAUUUGACGAACGCAUAGCACCAGAAGAAGUUUGGGAAUCUAAACGAGUACAACCAUCUAAUGUCGUCUUUGAUAGUAAAAUCGAUAGCAUAGCAGGAGUACCAUCACAAAAACGAGUAAGAAUUGAUGAUCAACACGAUUCACAAAUGGUUUACGAUCAAAAUUAUAAACCGCCUAUGAAGUUGCAUACGGCUACUACGACAAAUGGUGUCGGCGAUACUUCAAAAUAUCCAAAUUUAAAACGGACACCGGUCACACGCGUACAAGUUGUUCGAUUCGAUUCAACGGCAGUCACGUCACCCACAUCUCGUUCCUAUUUAGAUGAAGCACGUGAGCGUCUUGCAACGAAACGUCGUGGUCAAUCACCUCAAUCAUUUAAUAAAUCGUUAGAUCGCUUUGUUUCAACAACAAAUCAAAAACUAAAACAAAGACGUUUGCAACAAGAUCGACAACAACAACGAAUUCUCACCCCUCCUACACAAUUUCAACACCCACAAUCUAUUGAUCCCGAAAAUGUGACCAUUGAAGCUUUGAAACGUCGACAUAACAUCGAUGAUUACCAUCAACGCUCAUCCAUACUCAGAAAUGGUCGAGGUGGGCUUCAACAGCAACGACCCACAUCAACUUACGUUAGUCAGUAUUAUGCAAAUAGUGAUGAUGAUCAACAGCUACAGCAAAUAUAUCCUACGCCACCAAUUGAUUAUCCAAUUGACAGCGAUGAUUCGGCUUCAGAAGAGUAUAGUCGUCCGCUAUUAACCACUACAUCACCAACCACUUACAUCCGAGGUCAAGUGCCAUCAGCCUAUUUGGCUCAUAGUAAAAUCAUGAAAAAUGUCAACCGUAGUUUGCUAGCCAAAGAUUUCAUCAACACUAGUACACAGACUCUAACGACAAGUAUGACAGCGGCGGAUAAUAAUCGUUUGAAACUUUUAGAUCGAGCUGUUCGUAGACAGUUAAAAAAUACCGAACGUCAGUCGUUACAACGUGAGCUAAAUCAUGAUCUUAUUCGAUGUUUUUCAUCGACCUAUAUCGAUGAUUUAAGACGGGAAGAAAUACGUUAUCAACAUACUCGAACAAAUAUGAAAUCUUAUGCAAAUGAAGACAUCGAAGAUAUCUACAUGUCAUCAUCAUUGGAAAACUAUAAAAUGAAAACGGCUAUCGAUCGAGAAAAACGAAUACGUUUGGGAAUUAAUUCAAGUUUAGAUCCACAAAGUUCAUCUACACCCACAUCAUCCAUCAUCGGGAGACUAUCACCAUUAUCGACUUAUAGUCCAAUGAUGAUGUCAAGCUUUCAAGAUGGAACCCAAAAUGCUGGUGCGGGUGACGUGCAGUCAUUAGGCUUUGAAACUGAUAGACGUUCACAGAGAUCAGUUACAUCGACCUCUCAAACUGUCUCAAAUCGUCCGCCUGAUGUAGACUUAUUUUAUGAAAUAGUACAUGAACAUUUUCGUGGUGUUGAUGCAACAAUAGCUGGCCAAGUAUCUAAUGCUUCUCAGUAUACAUCACCGAAAAAACGAUCAGUAAUUCCACAACACCAACAAACUUUAUCACAAAAACCAGUGGAUGUAGACAGUGAUAUUGAAAUAAACUCAAAUUCAUCAUUUUGGUCAGACGAAGACGAGCAACAACAGCAGCAACAAAUGGAUACAGAUGAUGUUCCACAACAUCACUUGCCACAACGUCAAAUUAAUCGUUACUUAUCAACAGUAAAUCGUUCACUAUUAGAUCGUCCAAGUGAUUUAAUUUCUGAUUAUUAUAUUUCACAUUUGAAUCGUUCAAUGCAAGAUAGUGUUCGACAUGUUGAAACUAUUGCCAGAAAUUUAGCCAGAAAUAGAUGGCGAGAUGAAUUUGAUCAAUUACCAAAAUUGGGGCGAAGUUUAUCAGCUGAACAUUUAUAUCAAGUUAGACGAGAACAUUUACGUUAUCGUCAACCAUUUACAACACCAGUUAGUUUUACAGCCGAAGAUGUUUCAGAUAUAUAUAAACCAUUUCAACUGGAAAAUUAUAAACGUAAAAUCGCAAUAGAAAUUGAACGAAGAAGAAGAGAAAGACAAGGACAAUUAUCGACAGGUUUUCGUAGUCCAAUGUACGCAAAUGAACCUGAUUUAAAUGCUGUUAAAUCUUAUCAACCUGUUAUACAAGUGCCAAUAAUUCCAACUGAUUCAUCAAAUCGUCUUCCAUCACGCACACAUACCGUUUACAGUACACCAGUAACCAGAUUACAGGAAUUCGAUAACAUUCUUGACCGUGAUGAUAUAUCACGAAAUAACAUUUUAAUUGUUAAUCCACCCGUUGUACAUACGAAACCCUCAUCAUCUUAUUCAACUGAAGAGCAAACAAUUCCUACCCAACGUGCAAAACGAUUAUUGACAGAUGAUGGUACAGAUAUGAUGCAUCAUGUAGAAAUUCUAAAUUCAGAACCGAUUCGGCAAUCAAUAAUUAAACAACAACACCAAGGAAUAUUAACAAAUAGAGAUCCACAGAUCUAUCAUCAUGUUAAAAUUCGUCCACCUCCGGAAAUAGCCCAAUCAACUUUAAUCAUAGAUGACAAUAGAGUGGAUAAUCGUGCACAUAGUUCAAUAGUGCAAUCAACUAUGCAUCCUACACCAAUAAGGGAACGUGUUCAUACCGAUUCUGCUCGUUCAUCUGUUCAACAACCGCAAUAUGAAAAAUUAACAAUAUUGCCUCAACAAAAUACGGAAAUUCGAAUUAGGCAAGAUCGUGCACAAACUAAAAUUGAAGAACAAAAUAAUUUAAUCAAUGGUGUAUUAAAAACAUCCCAAGAACUUCUCAUUGCUGAUCAAGAACCAAUAAUGCCAGAUCGAAUUAGACGGAGAGUAAACAUCAUACCAACUCAACAACCGUCUCCUCCCUCUCUGAUUCAUCAAACAAAAAUAUUUUCUCAUUCACCAAUAGUCGAUAAAAUUCAAAUUAGUCAAGCUGAUGUUAUUGAAUCAUCGAACGCUGAUGACUUAGCAAUGGUUAAUAUUAAAAAUGUUGUAACAAUAAAUAAAGAGGAAAUAAAUGAAUUAAAUCAAAUAGCUCAACAAGCACAACGUUUGCAAAUAGAACCAAAAGAUUUGGAGCAUGCAAUGAUUAUUAUGGAUCGUCAUCGUCCUCAUCAGCAAACUCAUUAUGAACAAUCGAUACACGAACGUCCCUUUAUUUUAAAUGCCCCCACUGUUGAACAUUUCAAACCACAUGAUGAAGAAGUUGAAAGAUAUUUACAUCAACGUCUUAUUGAACGUGAACAAAAAAGUCAUCUAAUAAUACCAGAAGCUCAUCAUAUGGCUCGUAUAGAACAAGAUAUUCAUAUUUUUGAAAAUAUCGAAAAACUUCAUCAACAGCAAAACGAUCGACAUCAUUUAAAUGAGAUACCAACGCAUGAUAGUGGCAUUGUUUCAUUAAAUACAUCAUCGUCACAAGUUUCUGACAGACCGUUAAUUUUAAAUGCAUCGUCUCAACAACGCCUAAAAAUUGACGAUUAUUUACAACGUGAAUAUGCUGAACAAAUGUAUGAUGAUAAUUAUUACAAUCGACAACAAUUUAUUAAUUAUACAAAAAAUGAUCAAAAUGAAAAUUUAUAUCGAAUUGCUAGUCAAGAAAAAUUGAAUGAAAAUAUUUAUGAAACAGUUGAUAAAUUAAAAGAUAAUAAUCAAUUACAACAAUCACAACGUUUGAAAAGCCAAUCAACUGAACAAUUACAAAUGAUCCGUCCAAAUGAACAGACAACUGUCAUUUAUGAUACAACCGAAGAGUUUAAACAAGAUAAAACAGCUGUUGAAGAAAAAUUGAAAAAAGUUUACGAUACUUUACCAUCGAAAAUGAAUCUGUUGCGUCCCGAACAAACGGAUGUACCACUGAUUUAUGAAUCAGCUGAUUUUCAUCGAAAAGAACCCGUAUAUGAUAUUAUAAUUAAAAACCGGCAACAUCCACCAGUACCACCACUGACUACUGGCAUAACACAAGAGUUUUAUGAAGAAAUAAUAGCUGAACAAGCACCAGCAAAAAAUAUUCGUGAAACAUAUGAAGCUGAAACACGUUCAGAAGCAGAAAUGUACGAACGUCUGACUCAUUUUGAUCGAGGAGACGGAGAACACGAACAAAAAACAUUGCCUAAACAACAAGAGCAUAUUGAAUUGAAUCGUGCACAACAAGGUGAUCGAAGUUUAAUAUAUAGUCAAGGAAAUUUACAUCAGUUAGAUGUGGAUGAAUUAUCAUUAAUGUCGGAUACUCAGGAUGAACGAGAAAUAACACAACUUGAACGUGAAUUACGUCCAAAAUUAGUGCAGUUAGAUCAAAUUAAUCGCGUACAAUAUUAUCAUAAACCCAUAAUUGGUAUACAGCCAGAUAUUCGUACUGAUACAACGCGUAAUUUAAAUGAAGAACAAUUAGCAGUUCGAGAAGAGACAGCUCUAUUAAAUGAUCACCAUUUAGAUACGAGCAUUGGUCGACAACGGAUAAUUCAACAACAACCAUCGCAAUAUGGACAUGGUAAACAACAACGAAUGAUACUGGAUGAUACAAUAAGUUUAAAUCAAGAUGAUUAUCAAACGUUGAAACAUCAUGCAUCUGAAGCAUUUGUUGAACGAAAUGAAAUACAAUACGGAGACUCAUAUGGACGAGCAUCAUUAAACCAAGUUAAAUCGUUUAAUGCACCUAGUGUGAUUUGUGUUUCACAAGGAUUUAGAGUAUCUCUCAGUUUUUUGAUAUAG